AAAUCCAAGCUAAAGAUGGAGCUUGUUUCUUUCGUUUGUUGCCAUUUUUUUCGUAAAAAGUUUAGUUAGACAAAAACACAAGAUUUAAAUGAAGAAAGGAAAAAAAGAAAGACCAUGAUAGGCACAAAAGUAGACAGAGACUCUGAACUUGGUGAAUGCAUAUACAGAAAUGAAGUGUUCAAGAGGCAAAAAGCGAAAGAGAGAAAAGAAAGGGAAGAGAGAAAAAUUAUGAUAUUACGAGGGAGAAUAGGAUAAAUCCAGUUUAAUGAGUCACCUCCAUAUUAAGAGAGAGAGAGAAAGCGAGUGAAGAGAGUAAAGAGAGAGAUUGAGUGAGAUUGAGAGGCGCCGUUGAAGUAUCUUGUUGGAAGGUCCAUUCGUUGAUAUAACAUUAUAGUGAUAAAGACAGAGAAUAAUGUAAUUUAAAAAUUGUUCAAUUAAACGCACUGAUUGGGCGAAUAAAGUUUUAUGUGAUUUCAUUGAAUCUUGUUUCCUUUCAAUCCUUUACCAUUCCGAUCAACUUGUGACAUCAAAGUGCUGGAAUCUCAACAUUUUCACCUUUACUUCAACAAUAAUCAAGUGUGUUUCAUAUGUGUGAUUAUGGGAUCAUUUCAACAUUCAUUUCAUUGAUUAAUCCAACAUCAUAACCAUAGGCCUCGCCAUGUCCAUUUUUAACCAAAAGCUUCACCAAAAUUUACAUGGAAUAUUCAACAACCAUUGGUGAUUAACUGAAGUGAUAGUUAUUGCUAUUUUUUAAAGACAUGUGUGAUAUGAGUCCAUAUUUUACCAACACAUCAACAUAUGGCUCUGGUUCAAAUGGACAUGAAACCUAUGGAAGUGAAACUCAUCAUCACCAUGGGUUAUCCCAGUGCCAUGAAAAUGGACGAGGACCAGUAACAGGGACAGGUCAUUAUGCAUCAUACCAGCAAAUGCAAUACUCCCCUGGUUUAACAUCAUCUUCACAACAACCACACCCACGUUUUCCUCCAUUUGAUCGAUUAACAUUAAGAGAGCUGGAAGCAACCAAUUCUCAUGAAGUCAAAUAUGAACCAACUAUUCCAUACUAUAACUGUUCAAGUAACGGUGUACCUUCAGGUCCACCUGCACCUGAUGACAAUUCUCAUCAACAAACAUCAAUACCACCGUCUCAAUUAACAUCGCCCCAACAAGCAACUGUAUCUCAGCAAGCUCAACAAACUGCUCAAUCGUUAACAUCACCCUAUGAUUGUGGAGGCGGAGGUGUAGGUCAUAGUCGUAUUCACAGUUUAACUCCUCCACAUGACUCAACGAACCAGCAAUAUGUUAGUUGUAAAAUGCAACAAAUUCAACACCCUCAUAGAGAUAUAAUGGCCGGUCCUCAGGGACACAUGCUACAAGUAUCGGGUUCAACAUCACCGCCAAUGUCUGGCAACCAAAGUGGUAAUCAAAUGUAUCCUGGUCCAGUAGAAAGUCCUAGUGAACCCAAUUCAAGUUCAUCAAUUGCACCAAAUUAUUUUCCCUGGAUGAAAAGUCAGUUUGAACGUAAAAGAGGUCGUCAAACAUACACUCGAUAUCAAACCCUGGAACUGGAAAAAGAGUUUCAUUAUAAUCGUUAUUUGACUCGUCGACGGCGCAUUGAAAUAGCCAACAUUUUAUGUUUAACUGAACGUCAAAUUAAAAUUUGGUUUCAAAAUAGACGAAUGAAGUGGAAAAAGGAGAAUAACAAGAAAGACAUGAAUUCAGGUGUAACAUUGAUGGUAGGUAAUGAUGGAAAUGGUUCAUCAGGAGCCAAUGGAAACAAUUCAAGUUCACACUCAACCGGUAAUCCAGGUUCAGGAGGUAGUAAUAAUAGCAACAAUAAUACAAGUGGCCCUAUUGGUGGACCACUAGUAAGUAAACUGGAACACUAAUAAAUUAUAAAUAUUGGAUUAAUAAUUGUAAACUCAUCAUUCAAUGGACAUUCAUAUGGUAAUAAUAAAAAGCAUCAACAACAAACAAACCAACAAAACAAAACAGAAAGACAUAAAUAUAAAAACAAAAAACACAUAAAAAACUAACUUAACAAAAACAAUGACAUAAAAUACAUACAAAUGCAUACAUUGUAACACUCACAAACCACAUACAAACAUAUACACUUCACUCAUAUACUUAUAAGCACAACAUUAAUAUUGUAUUAAUAUGAAAAUCAUGAACAUAAACGUAAAUUAAUAAAAAAAUAUGUCAACAUCAACAUUAUUUACAUUCA